AUGAGGGUCGACCAGAUCGGACUUCUCUUAUGGAAAAAUUACAUCGUUCGAAAACGUCAACCGGGUAUAUUGGCGCUGGUAUUCGUAUGGCCGGUUGUCGUCUUCAUGAUCCUUUACACGAUCCGCGACAACGUGGAUCCAAAGUACCAUCCGACUUGCCAAUUCCCAGCGAGGUCGAUGCCGCAGAAUGGGCUACUCCCGUUCGUUCAGAGUUUCAUUUGCGGUCUCGGCAACCCUUGUGAUCCUCUCACGGAAUACGAAGAAGUUCCUUCUUACAGAAACGCCACUCUAGGUUCAUUGGUGGUAGAUUUACAACCGAUGCUCGGUAACGAGACGGUGCUUACCGCGGUUAGGACACUGCCGAACAGUAUUCAGCUGCUAAAAUCAAUGGCGCAAAUACUCACCAGACCGGAAAUCAAGGCGUUGUUCGAUCGUGGCAUCCGAUUGGGAGAUCUGUUCAACAACCACGAGGAAAUCAAGAACCUCCUCAGGCUUCAGAUGCCCUACGCUCGCCAAGGAUUGAUCGAUGAACUAUUCGAAUCCUCCAUAAAAUUGUUAUACCUCAUCGAGGCGUUCGGUUCGUCCAAUAUCGACGGAGUGAUUUGUUCUCCGGAGAAUCUGAAGAAAUACCUGAUCCUACCAAAACCGGAAGAUUACACAGAAAUAUCGAAGGUCCUCUGCGACAUUGACUCGGAGAUGAUACCGAAAAUGUUGGAAAAUUUGUCCAAACACUUGGAUUUUUCUGGUCUCAUGGAAAUGGUGGAUCGCGUGAUGGCGAAGUUUCAUGAUUACGAUUUCUUCGAUGACUUGAAACGAGCCGUCGAAACGAUCUUAGAUCUCCAAACCGUGAAGACAAACGUUCCGCAGUAUUUAAGGUUGCGCGAAUGGUUACCAAAGAUGAUAAUGGUCUUCAAGAACGUCACAUUCAAGGAGAUUGAUCUUACUUUUGUGAACAAAUCCUUGGCAAUUUUGGAACCGGUGUUCGAAAUGGAACACGAUUGGCCAAUCGCACGAAGAAUUUUCCUCAGGCUACAAAAAUUGUUGGUAUUAGCGAAAAAGAUGAAAGGUGAUCAAAGCAGUGAUCCAACCUCGGAUGAUUUCUUCGUGAUCGUAGAACGAUUGAAAGGUUCCAUGAAAGCUAUGUCAUUAAAUAUCGGAAAUAAUGAAAAUCUCACACAAAUUUUGGAUCUGAGUAUAGCAAUUCUCCAUGAUGGAGCGAAGCUGACCAACAGGAUUUUCGAACGUCACGUGGAUCAAAUUCAAUUAUCAGCUGAGAUUUUGGACGGAUUGAGGGAUUUUCUGUCGGAACAUAUUUUAGCCACACUGAGUUACAUUUUAUCUUUCACCCAGUCUAUUGUUGAGAUGAUACACCAUGCAGCUAUUAUCCACGAGGAUGUUCCAUACAGGAUUUACAAUAUAUCUUUGAACCACAAGGAUACAGUACAGAAAUUGUUGACCAACGUUGAUCCAAAGGUCUAUCGAACAUUCGUGCGAUCGUUCUCCAGAUUGAAUUUCGUAGAGAAAUUCGUAGACAAAGUGAGACGCGCGAGAGCCGAGGAUUUCUUCUGCCAGGAGGAAACGCUGAACGAGAUUUUCGAGAACUUCAAAGACACCAGAGACGAGUCGGGUUACAUCAAGGAGCUAUUGUGCAGCGAUUCAGGGAAAAAGUUGAUCGCCGAUGUGUACGAAGCUUUCGAGUUGAAGAAGUUCGAAAAUAUUAUGAGCGACUCUUUAUCGGCUGUCGUCAGCAUGGUGCUGAAGCAAGUAAUCGAUAUUGAAAAAUCAAACCUGACGUCUGUCGUGAAAAGCAUAAAAGGAUUAGUGUCGUAUUUGGAAUCACCAGUGCCAGCAGAGCCUGACUGGUCUGUUUUUAAAUUCAACCAAAGCUGGACAGAAAUCUUUGAAGAAACUCAAGCCCAAGGAAGAUUGGACCUCUUGGGAAUUCACUUGAGCAUCGCAAAAAUGAUCGGCUCGCGUAGCUUGACUUACGCGACCAUUCGUCCUGAUUUAGAGAACAUGGACAUACUCGCUGAGAUCAUUUUGCAGGAUGUAAGAGAGAAUCCAACGAGCUGGAUCGGAGAAGUCAGGCGUCGCAAAGCACAGCUAAUCGAGUCGUUCUAUUUAACCGUAACCGAUAAGGAUAAGGCUCUGAAAAUUUUAGAAUACGACAAUUUCACCAGGACCUACUGCACAGACCCGAAUCCUCCUGGUCUAUUAAAUUUUCCAAAGGGAUCAAACGAGACGGUAUUAAAAUCAUUGGUCUGUCGUUUAUCGAAAUCCGUGCAAACCGAUCUGGAAUUAAAUAUGACGGAAAUAGAUUUGAGAGAGGAUGCUCGUUACUGGAAGAAAGGAUCCUUUAAUUUCACCGAUUUCAAUGCGAAAACGAUCGAGAUUUACCGGUACAUCGAUACAUUGAUUCAUCAGAAGGAUUCCGAUUACGACAAGGCUAAUUUAGAGAAAUUGAAGGAGGACUUUCGAAGAUCCUGGAGCGUUGAUCUCUCGGUGAAGGAUGUUUUCGAACUGAGCGUAGGUUUGAUCUGCAAGUUCUUGAGCGUGAUGGAGAGUCCUCUAUUCCGGACGAAAAACGGAUGGAAAGAGAUGCACGCGAUGGGUUGGGCGGCAUCGGUGAUCUUCGACCACGUGGAGAGGAUCGUCGAUCAAAUUCAAAGGAACGAUCACGUGGCAAAGCUGUCCGAGCUACUGCAGGACAUGUCUCAAACGGAAAUUCUAUUGAGUGCUAUCCUGCGAAAUUUGUCUCCGCUGAUUCUUGACGUGGUCGACAUUAUCACUAUGAAGCCCAUUCACCUUAUAUCCGUUCUGGACGAUUACAAAUCCCGCGAAGAACAAUGGCCGUGCAUACAAAACGAGAGCGUCGGAUCCGCCAUGGAGCUGCGAAACGGCACUCGCGAAAUAGUGCGCGAGAUCGAGAGGAUAUCUUGCAAUCCGGCUUUGUUCAUUCAAGAAUGGAAGGAACAACCGAUAUUAUCAAGAUCGCGUAAGAUCUUUCAACGGAUUGACACGGUGCAAUUGCCGCCUUUCAAUUGGACCUUGGGCUACGGGAAGUUCCGUCGACUGGUCAAAAAAAUGGACGAUUUGGGAGAUAGCACGAAAGAAGUUAUUUUGGCUGAACAACCGCAUUUGUGGGAGCAUUUGGAAUCGCUGAUACCGGAAGUGAAAAGUAUAUUGAACGAUAGAUGGCCCGACGUGAAGAACGAUGCCAGGAAUACGUUAGAUUACAUCGACAUGGAGCUCGACAAGACGGUAUCAGCUUUCCAAAGCAACCUCUCUGCAGAUGGAAUCUGGAAGCCAGCGAUCGCCGUCGAGGAUCGCAUUCUCGUUCUAACAAAAUUCCUUUCCCAUCUUGUUCACAAGACCACGAAGACUGUGUCUGAAAUUCUACACGACGCAAUUGGAUCAAGUUCUUCUCAAACAUCUGUGAAACUAAAUUUGUUAUCACUUUUGGGAUUCAAUAAAAGAACACCUAUUGGAAUUUAUUAUAACCAGUUACCCUACAUUUUGGCCACCGUGGUGAACGGAUUAUCAGACCCAGAGGUUGACAAUCGCAUUGUCCAAUCACUGAUGACCAGCAACGAUAUCACCUGUUCACAAUUAUUCGAAUGGUGGUCAACUUCGAUAAUUGGUCUCCCUUCAGACGACUACAGAAUCCUGAAGAAUUUCACUUGCGAUCUCGAUCCUGAGAAUUUCAACGGUUACACUGAUUUAUAUUUGGCCGAGUCUGAUGUUUGGACAAAGCCAACUAGCAAAUACAGAGCUUAUCCUAUGAACGCUAUAGGAGACGUGUACGAUUUCGCUUCGCAAGUGCGGAAAAUCACGAAGGAAAUACAGAACAAAAGUGUCAUAGUCGAUGUACCAUUUUCAAAAUCUUAUCUGAUAUCCACCUUCCAAAAAUUGAGGGAUUCUUUGAAGAAUUAUAAUGGAGAAACACCUAAGAAAAUGGAGGGUCAUUACGAAUGGGUGAAGUACAGACUCUUCGUUGAAGGAGUUUCUGAGGCACUAAUUCAUAUAUCUAACGCGAUGAAGAAUAUGAAUGUAGAAAAUGAUCGCGUGAAUAUUUGGGACUUUGUUGAAAAUAAUGAUGUCAGACGAUUGUUGAAGAUCCUUGAUACACACCCUGAAGAAACGAUAGCUUUGAUAGCUAGUCUCGGCACAACCGGUUUAAACUUACAUGGAUUGAUGGAUUACGAAGAUGUAAGAAAGAUCAUCUGCAAUUUCCACUUCAAUUCGAGUUACUGGUCCGCUCCAAACAGGACAAGAUUCAUAAAAGAGAUAUGUUCCUUUGAUCCUUAUCAAUUGCUGAAGACAGUCACCAGUGAAGAAUAUUAUCUCCUACUGAUUGGACAAAGGCCUACCAUGACGAGAUUAACACCUCUAAGCGUGUCUCUAACGAAACUCUUAGACGAGGUUUUAAAUCUACACUCAAGAGAGCCGAAUUUGAAGGUGGAAUCAAGAGUCUUCAGUUCGGCAACCUGGAAAGGUCUGUCGAACGAAACCUUGUCGCUUAUUCGUGAAAUGGGUCAAAGUUGGUCGCGCAAGUACAUAGGCGAAUCAAAAAGCAAAGUAUAUCCAAAAGUGAACGAGCUGAUCGGUUCGUCGUCCGAUCCUCUCUCGAAAGUGUUUAGAAUGUAUCAGAUUCUUGACGCGACGGUCGAGUUGUUGGCCGGCGGUGAUGUUUGGCAAAAGCUACGAGUCAUCUACGAGAACUCGAGGGUGAAAGCAAUCUUGACUCUGAUAGAGGACAUACCGAAUCUCGUCGUGAGCUGUGUUGACACUUUCGUGAAGUCGGAGAGAUUGAACGAUUUCGUGGAGAAGCUCGCGUUUGGCAAGCUACACCCCUGCGACAUCGACAAAUAUUUGAUCGUACCCAGUUUCGUCAGGAAGAAAGUUCUCUUGUCGAGCGUCACCAACUUCUGCCAGAAGAUCGUUUACGCCGAUAGACAGUUGACAUUGAUCGAUCUACUGCCCGUUGACGGGAAGUACGAGGAAAGUCGAGUGUCAGGUACCGGAGGAGAACUCAACGAAACGUAUCUGUUGGAGAAAUGGGACCAUGUUCAAUCGACCGUCAUUCGAGUGGCAACAGAAGGUUUCAAAGAUGUAAAGGUACCCUUAUGGUGGUCGUCCUUCAAAGAGGGUACUUUUGAAGAUUUCUUGUCCCAUUAUAAAAAGGAGGAUCCUAGAGCACUGGCCCAUCUGGUGGUUAAAAAGGUCUUCACGAUUCUAAGGAAUAUCCUGAAUUCUGCUGAGAGUACCAAAGAGUGCUCCUGGUGCGUUACGUUACCGCUCGAGAUUUUAAAUUCUCAGCUAGUGAACCAUCAACUGUACUCGAAGCUGCUGUGUCAGUUGAAUCGAUCGAAGGUGUCGGAGAUUCAUGACAUUUUGAUGCGCGAUUUCUACUGGAACAAAACCGCCAGCAUGGUAAAGAAUUACAAGUACCUGAGCGUGAAACGAAGCAGGAAUGAAUUUGUGACUACUUUAGAGAGCACUAUGCAUUCUGUGGCCGACAUCAUAGUGAAUUUUCAAAAUGAAACUUAUAGAGACAAAAUCGACCAGUGUUAUCAUAAAUUUGUUGGACAACCUGCUUAUUCCAGACCAGGAUUGUACGUGUCCUUGGCUCUGGCUAUCCUGGAGUCUCUCCAGAAGAACGUAAUUAUCCUGGACACUGCCAGAAAUCACGAGAACAUCGAGAAUUUAUCAAAAUUAGCCGAGAAAUAUGUACCGAUCUGGAAACCAGUCCGCGACGUGGCGAAGACGUCAGACGUGGCCGACAUCGACGCGUAUCUACCUGGCGCGACGAUCAACGUUAACGCGAUCAUGAACGAGCGAAAUGGCACUCUGUGUCGAACGAAAGCGGAGUGUCGUAACUCGACGGUUCUGUAUAAUUAUCUGAGCUCCAAGAAGGCUGGGAAGGUGUUCCGUUACGACCCGAAAGCUUCGGGAUAUCAUUCCAUCGUGGAAAUCUCCGAUCGGUUGUCGCAAAGUUUGGAUCUGGAUCGUAUAGAUCGCGAACGGAAGCAAUGGCGCAUGGAUGCCACGUGGGAUUUAACGUGGCUGAAAGAGAUCCUCGGCCACUUGUCCGUCGUUAUCGAGGAGAGCGGCAAUCUCCUCGAUGUCGCUAGUAAAAUAGACUUUGAGGACGUCUCGAACGUCCUCGGGGUUCCGGAUGUGGUCGAUGGUGUGGUUAAUAUCCUGAAGGAUAAAACCGUGGACAAGCUUUUCGACGGAAUGAGAGAAAUAGUGGAGGACGUGAAACCUUUCGUCACCGACCAAAAGGUGCUGGACGACAUUUACAGUAUAAUCGUGGCACUGGAAUCCAUGGACAUUUUCAAGAAUUUGGGUCUCCUAGACAUGAAAUACGUUAUCAGGGACAUGUUCGACAACUGGGACGUGGUGAGAUCGUAUUUGGUGGACAGGAUGGGAAUUUCAAAUGAUGUCGCGCUGAUGCUGAGCCAGGCGAAGAUAGAUAUGAUUUCCGUUUUCAUGAAAGAAAGAAGAGCGCUCAGUUUGAAGGAGAUCAUUUGCUCGCCGAAGAAACUCAAUGAUAUGUUAAAUUUCAACAGCGGUCGUAUCACUGCCGAGGAAGUCAGCUCUGCGAUUUGUCAAUUCGAAGAUUCGCAGACUCAAAACGUGACGAUAACGUUGAUAAAAAAUUUAAAUUUCGAUUAUAUUUUUAACACACUGAAGAACGCCAACGUGAAAAGUAUUUUAUCAAACGCGAACUUAACAGAAACUGAAGGAAAGAUGGUGCUGAAUAAUCUCGGAGUGGCUGCCGAGUUAUUACCAUUUUUCCGGGACAAACUUUCCUCUAAAAUGCCGCUGGCGAAAGCUUUAGAAUCGAACGUGGAGGAAACAGAAGAUCAAACAGUCUCGACCUCCAAGUUCCUUCAGGAUUCCAGCGAAAUGCUGUGCGGACAACCGAUGGUUUCUGACAACGGGGAUUUGUAUAAACUUAUUUCUAAAAUCGAGGAUAACAGCAAAGAGUUCGACAAAGGAGAACUGGAUUCUUUACCCACUGAUUUCUGCAGAAACACUUACAAGGGCGUAGUCGCGAUGGGCGGUGGGAAGAUCAUAUGGUCUUACGUUAAACCCUUGCUACGAGGUUACAUUCUCUACGCUCCUAAUACUACUAUAGUGAACAAAGUGAUGACACUGGCGAAUAGAACGUUCGUAGAAAUGGAACAUUUCGGGAUAUUGAUGGAUAGUUUGGAGAAAACUUUGACCUCGUUGGCGAACCUAUCCGAAAUGAGUGAUAGUCUAAGAGAGCUGCAGGAUAUAAUGUCUUCGGAUGUAAUAAAAAUCGCCAUCAAAUCUUACGGGAGUGGAAAUUUCGAGGGUGGAGAUUUCACGGAUAUGAACCUCAGUGAGAUUUCCUGGCGACUUAAGAGAUCGAAGCGUUUGAUCACGAUGGUCGGUAUGUUGAAUGAUUUAUUGGAGUGCGUGCUCGUUGAUCGAAUAAAAGGAUUCCGGAGCGAGGAAGAAAUGGAGGCAGAGGCACGGUUACUGAUGGAGACGCGACAGUUUUUAGCUGGUGUUGUCUUUUUGGAUAAAAGCUCGACGAGGUCGAAGAGAUCGUUGGAACACGAAUUACCCGAGAACGUAAUAUACAAAAUUCGAAUGGACGUUGAUUACGUUCAAUCCACGAAGAGAUUGAAGAAUCAAUUUUGGACACCUGGUCCGGAGAGCAGUUUCAUAGAACACCUGAGAUACCUUCGGGGUUUUGUACAACUGCAGGACUCUAUCGAUCGAGCGAUUAUUAAAACAAAGAGUCAGAGAGAUCAGGAUUGGAGGACGAUGACUCAACAGAUGCCUUAUCCUUGCUGGAAGGACGUUCCAUUUCAAACUACGUUGUACGAGUCUCAGGGUAUUCAAGUCUGUUUCUUCUUCGCUUUGAUUAUGUGCGUUGGAGCUGCUGUCAGACACAUUGUUUGGGAGAGGGAAUCUCACAAUGCUAUGGUGAUGAGCGUGAUGGGUUUGAAACCAUGGAGAAAUACCAUGGCUUGGUUCAUCGCAACCUUCAUAGAAUUAUUAAUCAUAAUGUUCUCCAUCAGUCUGGUGCUUCUGGCUGGAAAAAUUCUACCAAGAUCCGAUCCUACGUUGAUCUUAAUCAUGAUGAUUGAUUAUUCAUUUUCUAUAGUAACCUUCUGUUACAUGAUCUCGACCUUGUGUAGCUCGGCAAGUUUGGCUGCUAUCAGUACAGUGGUAAUGUUCUUGUUGACAUUCAUGCCGUACGUCAUUGUCAUUGCUAUGGAGGCUGUUAUAGGUCUCGGCUAUAAGCUUCUAAUAUGUCUUAGCAUGUCGACAAGUUUCUGUUACGGUUGUUUGUACGCUGCCAGAAAGGAAGUUCAAGGUGUGGGACUGACGUGGAACGAGAUAUGGCAGGAAUCCAGUCCCGGUGAUUCGAUGUCUUUGGGUCUGGUGCUUCUAAUGAUUGCCUUCGAUGGUUGCCUUUACGCUGUUAUUGGUUAUCUGGUCGCCAGAUACACGAAUUCAGGCAGGGGCUUUCACGAUUUGAGGUCCCGUAGCUUAUGGUGGGCCGACACACGUUCUCUCUAUGGCAGGCCGAGCUACCUCGCCUUCGUCAACAACCUCUAUUUCACUAACGACGUUCUCCACCCUUCAGCCACUUACCAAGACGAAGACAGUGAUAUCAGCAACUUGACGGUCAGCGAGAAACAGGCAGGAGUCAGAUUCGAAGGUGUCAGAAAGGUUUACAACACCGAUCAAGGAGAAGUUGUAGCUGUGGAUGAUUUUACCUUGAAAUUAUGCGAGGGUGAAGUGACCAGCCUUCUUGGGAGAAACGGAGCUGGAAAAACGACCAUCAUCAAGAUGCUGACAGGGAUGCAGGCUCCGACCAGUGGUGAGAUUUGUUUGAACGGCGAAGAGGGCUGCAAACCAGACAUAGGGGUCUGCCCUCAGGAAAACGUGCUCAUCGCUUCUUUGACGCCCAGGGAACAUCUGUUAUUUUACGCGAAACUGAAACGUCCUAAGGAGAACGUCAGCAUGGAACGAAACGUGAACGAGAUGUUAACGUCCCUUGAACUAGGCAAACAGGAACACGAGCCAGUGUACCGUCUGUCGGGUGGUACAAAGAGAAGGCUUUGCGUGGCUCUAGCGUUUCUAGGAUCCCCAAAGCUGGUGAUCCUUGAUGAACCAGGCGCAGGUGUCGAUCCGGCCGCGAGAAGAAGGAUAUGGCGUUUGAUCGAUCAGCACAGAAUCGGCAGGACUGUCAUUCUGUCCACUCAUCAUCUGGACGAGGCUGACAUGUUGAGCGACACGGUGGUAGUGAUGCACAAAGGGAAAAUAUUGUGCACCGGUUCGCCUUUGUCCUUGAAGAUGAUGCACGGUCGCGGUUACAGACUUCUGGUAUCGUUUCCCAGCGAUCAUGAGACGAGCAAGGAUUCUAUCGAUAGAAAGAGGCUGGAGACCCUGAAGAACGUGAUCGAAGAGGUGGUGCCCAAUGUGGCGACCAAUGAGGUCUCCAACACCGAGGUUGUAGUUACGUUACCUUUCCAGGGGAAGAAUGGGAUGAAUAACAACAUUGCGUUAGCUGCUAAAGUCUUAGAAGACAGUCGAAAAAUUCUGGGCUAUUCCCAUUUCUCCCUGGAAUGCGAUACAUUGGAAAGAGUCUUCUUGGACCUUUGUUCCCGAGCAGAAAAUGGAUCAUCUAUUAUCAGAGCCAGUCAGGAUAGCGUAGCCACCGUGGAUCACGUUGGUCUAACGAUGCCCAAAGACGACGUCGAUCUGAUCGACGUUGAAUCUACUUUAAAUCCUUCCCCUGUUAGACAGGCGAAAGCCUUACUGAAGAAAAGAGUCUGGCAUUUUAGGAAAGAUUGGCUGACACUUUUAAUCAGUCUUUUCUUGCCGACGAUAUUCGUCGCGGUUGCUAUGGGAUUCUCUUUGAUCAGACCACCAUCCGCAGAUGAACCCGCACUGGUACUCACUCCGAAGUUAUACGAUACCCAUCCAACAUAUUUCUACAGCAUCGAUGGUAGCGAAGAUUCGUUUCUACAGCACGUGUCAGUUCAACUUCACGAUAGAUUUGGGGAUGACUAUGCGGGUGCAUGGCAAACCUUACCCAAUGACACUGGAACGUGCGGGUGUUUGGACGGUCAACAAGUUUGCCAUGGUGUUUCUCAAGCUGUCGAGGGUCUCUUACAGGUUCUACCUGCGAGACCAACACUCGACUGGAUAGUAUCCACUCAUCAAGAAUACAUAGAAAAAAGGUACGGGGGAUGGUCACUGUCUCACGCGAACAACGAGCCGCUAUUUGUUGUCUGGUUCAACAACAAGGGUCAUCACGCAUUGCCGUCUUACUUGAACGCUCUGAACGAGGCAAUUAUGAGGGCAUCCGGUGUUCAUGGUCACUUAAUUACCCUAAAUCAUCCCCUGAGAUUAUCCAGCGAUCAACUAAACCGAACCACACUAUUGCAACACGUGGCGGACGUCGGUGUGGCAUUGGUUCUUCUGAUCGCGUUCAAUUUGGUGGCCGCACAAGGUUCCAAGGAAUUGGUACGUGAGAGACUGUCAGAGGAAAAGAGGAUACUCUACUUGGCAGGGGUCCAUCCUGUCACCUACUGGACGACCAUGUUAAUCUGGGAUUUCUUCAUAUUUGGUUGCUCUAUUGUUUUGGCUGUGAUAGUUUUUGAGAUAUUCGGCCUUUCUGCUUACAUAGCGAGAGAUAAUCUACCUGGUAUCUGUCUCUUACUAUUCCUCUUCGCAUGGGCAGCGAUACCGUUUUCACACCUAACAGAAAAGGUAUUCGACGAUUCGAGCAUGUCGAACAUGGUUCUCUUUUGUGUGAACACCUUCAUAGGGGUAGCUUCUUUAGCCACCAUCUUGGUCCUCGACAUUUUGGGCAAAACAAAGACAGCAGAGAAUACUAGAAACAUUCUCCACAAUAUUCUCCUUAUAUUUCCUCAAUACGCUCUAGGCGAUGCCUUGGUACAGAUAUCCAGGAACGAUAUCACAGCUCAAUUAUUAGAAAAAUUCCAUAUGGACACCUAUCAGUCACCCUUAGGCUGGGAACUUCUAGGUCUCCAUUACGUGUAUCUAGCAAUAAUUGGUACCAUUCUAUUUUCCUUAAAUCUGAUGAUAGAAUGUCAACUUCUUCCAACGUGGAACACACAAAGAUGCCCUUACGAAGUCGCCCAAGAGGACGACGACGUAUCAAAGGAGAGAAUGAGGGUGGAAGGUGGUAUGUCAGAUGAUAUCUUGCAAACGGUGAAGUUGAGGAAGGAAUACAGAAGCGUUUACGGUACGAAUGUAGCCGUGCAAAAUUUAAGCAUCGGAGUACAAGCCGGAAAGUGUUUCGGGCUUUUGGGAACGAACGGAGCCGGAAAGAGUACCACCUUCCGGAUGUUGACUACCGAGAUCAUACCGACGGCUGGCAGGAUCAUUCUGAAGGGUAAAGAGAUCGAUUCCGGGCCACUUUGCAAUGGCGAAGUGGGUUAUUGCCCUCAGAGCGAUGCUCUGGACGGUUUCCUUAGCCCCCAUCAGUGUCUCACCAUUCAUGGGGAAGUUUGCGGUUUGAGUAACGUUCCCAAGGUGGUCGAAUCAACCCUGAAGAGACUAGAUCUCUUAAAGUACGCUCAUAAAAGGGUAAAUAAUCUAAGUGGAGGUAAUAAAAGGAAACUAUGCACUGCUUUGAGCGUGAUGUCACCACUGCCUGUGAUUCUCAUGGACGAACCAACGAGUGGUAUGGAUCCUGCCACGAAGGAGUUGGUCGCCAAAACGAUAACACGAAUGACGAAGAAUCAGAGUUGCGUAAUUCUGACCUCGCACAGCGUCGCAGAGUGCGAGAACUUGUGCAACAGGGUUGGUAUUCUUGCCAAAGCUGGUCUCAGGUGUAUAGGAACACCGCAUCAUCUAAAACACAAAUUUGGAGAGGGUUACGUGGCGUUCUUGAGAUUCAGGCAACCAAUUACGUCCGCAGAUCUAAGGAAAGUUUUGGUGAAAUACUUUCCUCAGGCAACGGUCUCGUCGAGACAAGCGAACGCUGCUCGUCUGUUGAUACCACGAAGCCAGAACAUGGUAGUGAGCAGCAGCUUUAAUAAACUAAAGCUUCUAGCCGAAGAACUGAAAGCCACGGAUUACACGUUGACUCAAAGUUCGUUGGAUCAGGUACUCGUUAAUUUCUCAGAGGAGAUAGACAACGAGAGCGAUGGGUCAAUUAACACACAGGGUAGCAGCAACAAUGUGUCAAAUGUUUAUUCCAGCAGGGACACCAUAUACAUGGACACGUUUUAA